UGUCCGAUAGACAACGACGAACUUUCCAGCAUUUUGUUGUUGCGGCUAUCCCUGUUGUUGCUGUUGUUGCAAACGUGAAAUACAAAAGGAAGACAGUCGCACGGAAUACUUAAUAGCAAUAUGGAAUAAUUAUAUUAUCGCUGGCAGCAGGAAAACGAGUUAAAUGUGUCAAUAAUUGCACCCAAAUACACAUGCAACUUCGCGGUUGGGUGAGUCUCACGUGUGACGUCUUCGUCGCUGCUUCUGCUGGCCCGGACCCGGCCACGCUCCCCGCACCGUAACAGUCGCCGCUACCUCAUCCCAAUGAGCACAAUGAAUCAAUGCCAACGCCAGCUAACGAGCCAACCAGCAGCAGUUGUUGUCCCACCGAAGAAAACGCCACAGUUGUUUGCUCUCAAAAAGAGGAGAAUGUCGGGCACAAAUCCAGAGAAUCCCUCGAAUGGACAGGGAGAGGAACAUCCUCAGCACCAUUCCAGAACGCUGCAGGCCGAGGACCGGCAGCGUAUCGAGGAGCGUCAACGACAGGCCUUUGAGUUCUUCUCGCAGACCCUGCAAAUCUAUGGCGUGGAGGAGUUAAUCUUUUGCUUUAACGGCGGCAAGGAUUGCACCGUGCUGCUGGACCUGUUGAUGCGUUACCUGCGCCAGGAGGGUAUCUCCAGCAGUGACAUUCCCAUGCUGUACAUCAAGUCCGGUGAUUCGUUUGUCGAAAUUGAUGAUUUUGUGGAGCGUUGCGUGACCAGUUACCGGGUGAAGCUGGUGGAGUACGAGGGAUCACUGAAGGAGGCACUCACCCAUAUGACAGCUGAUAUGCCACGCAUUCGGGCGGUAUUUGUGGGCAGCAGGAAUACGGAUCCAUAUUGCCAAAAUCUGGCACCCAUGCAGCCCACGGACAACGACUGGCCACCGAUGAUGCGUUUGAAUCCGCUGCUGGAGUGGACCUAUCACGAUGUCUGGCAUUAUAUCCAUCUGAACAAUGUGCCCUAUUGCAGCCUGUACGAUAAGGGCUAUACCUCCGUUGGUAAUCGCUCCAAUACAAUUCCCAAUCCGCAUCUGCUACGUCCGCAAUGCAACAACUGUGAUUGCAAUACCGCCAGCGACUGUGAUUGGGCCGAAUCGGGUGGCUAUAGGCCCGCCUGGGAACUGGAGGAUCCCACCCUGGAGCGUGCCGGCCGCCUGCCCAGGAAGUAAAAAAAAAGAGUCUGUGAAAUCUCCUCCAGAAAUUAACCAACUUAACUAAAAUCCCUUGUGCCUGUCGCGUGGCUGUAGUGUAAUUGCUUGUAUAGCUUAAAUUCUAGUUAGUCACAAAUUUUGUAUAUAUACGUACUAUAUAGAAGGUUUUAUAUGUUGGAAAACAGUGCUUAAAUUCGUGAAAUACUAAGAUGUAAUUUUGUUAUUCCUUACUCUGUACUUAAGUGCACUAUAAUUUAAUUAAAUUAACUGUUAAUUUCA